AUGGGUGACGCAUCAGAGCCUGAAGCCCUUGAGCACAGGAAGGUAUUCAAAGUCCUAUUGGAAGUCGCUCAGAUGGGAGUUAUUCAGAAUAAUAAUAAUAACAAUAAUAAUAAUAAUAAUAAUAACAAUAAUAAUAAUAAUAAUAAUAAUAAUAAUAAUAAUAAUAAUAAUAAUAAUAAUAAUAAUAAUAAUAAUAAUAAUAACAAUAAUAAUAAUAAUAAUAAUAAUAAUAAUAAUAACAAUAAUAAUAAUAAUAAUAACAAUAAUAAUAAUAAUAAUAAUAAUAAUAAUAAUAAUAACAAUAAUAAUAAUAAUAAUAAUAAUAAUAAUAAUAAUAAUAAUAAUAAUAAUAAUAACAAUAAUAAUAAUAAUAAUAAUAAUAAUAAUAAUAACAAUAAUAAUAAUAAUAAUAAUAACAAUAAUAAUAAUAAUAACAAUAAUAAUAAUAAUAAUAACAAUAAUAAUAAUAAUAACAAUAAUAAUAAUAAUAACAAUAAUAAUAAUAAUAAUAAUAAUAACAAUAAUAAUAAUAAUAAUAAUAACAAUAAUAAUAAUAAUAACAAUAAUAAUAAUAAUAAUAACAAUAAUAAUAAUAAUAAUAAUAACAAU